AUGGCUCGGAGAUUCGACGAUGAACAAUCGAUGCUUGCGAAGUCAAGAUGCACUCUAUAUAAACCGCGACUCAACUUGAGUGAAUUUAUCGUAGCGGAAUUCUCCUCGUCCUUAUCUACAGAGCCACUUGAUGAGCCUCAGCAGCCAGACAACAAGCCAUUUAGGUUCCUUGGCCUCCCACCAGAGAUCAGAGACGCGAUAUACAAAGAACUCCUCAAGAUCGUCCCUACUUGGAAACCCUCAAGCCGAAACGUAUUUUUAGAUCACUCUGGUUCCCUCAGACGCUUCUGACGACGCGAAUACAUAGAUCACCGACCUGGUCAUCUUCACGUCCAAAUUCUACGCGUCAACUAGCAAGUACACAAUAAGGCUAAAAGAGUGUUCUUGAAGACCAAUUUGUUUGUGCAAUUCACCACCGAUCUGCCUUUUGAACAACCACAACCUACUAUCAUAGGUGAAAAUGGUUGGCAGAUGCCACAAGCACCCUAUAGGUUAAACCAGGCAAUGAUUAUGGAUUUUGGAUUCCUGUGGGACAAACAAUACCUGAAUCGGCAUUUCAAAGGAGCUGUGAUGGACUACACUCUCAAGCGUAUUGAACCUCUGUUGACUGAAAGCAACCUCAUAUCAUGCAUUCUUCCUCUUGCUCAAGUGCAAAUUCUCUGCGAACGAAUCCGAGAGGUAGCGUACUCUCUGCCGAGAUUCCACCAUUUGUACAACCAAAAAGUCACGUUGUUGGAUCCUUACGAGAACAAACACGAGGAAAGUAUCAAUGGCUCUCUUGUGCCAAAUUCUUUCUACUCCGUCAAACUCCAGAAGAAACUUCUCCGCGGCUUUUCCAGUACUUUUGAUGAGCUGCUUCCCAACUUUGAAGUGCAAGGAAAGGUGUCAGAAACACUGAGGAUCGCUACCAUAUCUGGAGUUACAGUUGUGAGAAACCAUGACCCUACCAAAUUUCUUGGACGAUUGGUUAUCAUGAAUAUGCGACGCAAGGAAUUACAGAUAGAAAAGGACUGGAAGGGAGCUGUUCACGAGUGUGAGAUUCUUGAGGAACGGAUCGGAGCAGUGCACCAAACACACGUUGGAGAAGCAAUAGCGAGGGUUGGAAGGAUCAACUUGCGAAAUGUCGUGGCGGAAAUGGAGUUUCUGACUCUCUACCACAAAUUAAAGUGUCUCUUACUUCAUGUCGAGGAACUUUACGCAAGAGACGGCACCAAUUUUCUUUGGUUGUGGCCCGCAUAUACACUUCAAGAGACCAUCUUGGUAGCGGAUGAGUUUCGGAAGAAAUUGCGCGUCCCUGAAGCUGGUUGGCAUACCAAUUGGCAUCCCAUCGUUGAUAAGCUGGCCAAAUUCUUCCGUCGUGAAGCAACUGCCAUGAGACUCCUGGGACGAUACGCACAUCACCUCAGUUAUAUGGAUGGAUAUGAGUACGCUUGCUUGCAAUUCGCUGAGACCUCGAUCAUGCAAGCAGAAGCGAUUGCACCUGAUGAUUUGGCAAUCCGAGCGUAG